ACUAAAUUGGUGGGAGAGGGGAAUUGAAGUAGAUAUACUCAGCCCUGGUUGCGGCAUAUUCAGUCUGUCUCAGCGUCCAGGCACAUCACUUAUAUCAUGUCUCUCGAACAGAAGUUCCAGCAAGCCGCCGAGAAGGUGAAGAGCGGCCUGUCCAAGAGGCCGUCAGACAACGAGCUGUUAGACCUCUACGGCCUCUUCAAGCAAGCUACAGUCGGUGACGUCAACACAGCUAAACCAGGAGCACUCGACUUAAAGGGUAAGUACAAGUGGGAAUCCUGGGAAAAGAGGAAAGGAAUGACUAAGGAAGAGGCGAUGGAGAAAUACAUUAGCAUGGUCGAGGAGCUGGUGGCCAAAUAUGCCUGAACUGAAUUUUUAAGACUUUUAAAGUAAAUUUGUUAUUUAAAUUACCUAUCGCUGGUUUUAUAUGUAUAUUUUAAUAAAUAUAUAAUUGUUUAUC